AUGAGUACAAUUUUGGACACCUCCAUAUUUUGGGGGAAAUUUCUAUAUUAUAUUUUAGAAUCUUUAGUUUACAGGAUAAUUCCCAAGAAGAAGAAGAAUGUUGCUGGAAAGAUUGCCCUUAUAACAGGAGCUGGAAGUGGACUUGGGAGGUUAUUGGCCAUAACAUUUGCCAGCCUUGGAGCCAUUUUAGUUCUAUGGGACGUUAACGAAGAAGGCAACAUGGAAACGUGUCGAAUGAUCAAAGAAAAGGAUGAUGUGAAAGUAUUUGCCUACACACGUAACUGUGGCAACAGGCAAGACGUCUACAGAGUUGCUGAUCAGAAAGGGAAGCGGAAGAAAACAAUGGAUCCACUUCUGCUGCCUAUACUGGAGCAGGAAUAUGUUGCCCCAAAAGUUUUAAAUGCUAUUUUAGAGGAACAGGUUUACUGGAUAAUGCCCACACUUUUGCAUGUUGUGUUGCUCCUUAAAGAAAUAAUAUCUCCAGACAUGAUGAUCACCCUUGCCGAAACAUUGGAAUGGACACCUCCGUGGCUUUGUUGA